GCAGCAGCUUUGAAUCUGAGCUUGAUAUUGAAAGAAGAGAUGAAAAACACCAGUUGGAUUAGAAAGAACUGGCUUCUUGUAGCUGGGGUUUCUUUCAUAGGUGUCCAUCUUGGAACGUAUUUUCUACAGUGGUCUGCAAAACAAUCUGUGAAAUCUCAGUCUAUAGGCAAACAGAAGAAUAUCGAAGAAUGAAAUAAAAUUAAUAUGUCAUUAAAUCUCUAUAUACUGAUUACCUUCAUAAAUAUGGAGCUGUUUAAUUUUAUAGCUACAUAUUUAGACUUUUGUUCCUAAAGAAUAAUUUUUUUCAAAUGUUACAAUCCAUGACAAAAUGCAAUAAAUAGAUAACUGGUUAACAAAAUAAAAGCUGUCUUUGCAAAUUACUAGGUCAAGUAAGAUGUCUCGUUUAGAAGCUAAAAAGCCAUCGCUGUGUGAAAGUGAACCACUGUCAAGCGAGAGAUUCAGGACCACACUUUCUGUCUUUAAAGGAAUUGUAACAUCGUGCUAUGGCCCGACAGGUCGGCUGAAGCAGCUGCACAAUGGCUUAGGUGGCUCUGUAUGUACAACUUCACAGUCAUCAGCUCUGCUUGCUAAUCUUUCCGUCACCCAUCCUAUUUUAAAGAUCUUGACAACUUCCCUGCAAAAUCAUGUGUCGUGCUUCAGUGAUUGUGGCUUAUUCACAGCCAUUCUUUGCUGCAACCUAAUUGAAAAUGUUCAGAGAAUAGACUUGACACCCACCACCAUCAUCAAAUUAAAUAAGCAUCUUUUGAGCCUCUGUACCAACUAUCUCAAGUCUGAGGUCUGCUGUUGUCGAAUCUCAGUUGACUUUAGUAGUACUCAUCUGCUCCUUUGCUUGGUGCGCAGUAUAUUAACCAGUAAACCUGCCUGUAUGCUUGUCAAAGAGGAAAUAGACCAUAUUAGUACUUUGAUUUUGAAAGCCUUUUUGCUUACAAUUCCAGAAAGUGCCAAAGACCACAUCAUUUUAGGAAGGACUAUCAUUGUACCUUUAAAAGGUCAAAGAGUUAUAGAUUCUACUAUAUUGCCUGGAAUACUUAUUGAAGUAUCAGAAAUUCAAAUGAUGAAGAUAGUACCUAUUAAAAAAUCAGAGACCCUGAAGGUGGCCCUCUUUUGUUCAUCUUUAUCUGGUGACCUUUCUGAUACUGGGGAAGGAACUGUGUUGGUCAGUAAUGGGGUUUCUCUUGAAAAUGCAGUCCUGGAACAGUUGCUUAAUCUAGGAAGGCAGCUAGUGAAUGAUCAUGUAGAUCUUGUCCUGUGCCAAAAAGUUAUACACCCAUCUUUGAAGCAGUUUCUCAGUGUGCAUCAUGUAGUUGCCAUAGACAGAGUUGGAGUGGCUGUUAUGGAACCCCUGAGUAAAGCAACAGGAACACAGCCUAUUGCUUCACUGGACUCAGUCUCUCCUAGUAGCUAUGGAAGUGUGAAAGAUUUAUGCUCCACAAAAUUUGGCUCCAAGCAUUUUUUUCAUCUUCUUCCCAAUGAAGCAACUGUCUGCAGCUUGCUUCUCUGCAACAGAAAUGAUACUGUCUGGGAUGAGCUAAAGCGCACAUGCCAAGCAGCACUGCAUGCUUUGCAGUUAACAAUCAAGGAACCGUGCAUGUUGUUGGGAGGUGGCUGUACUGAAACUCAUUUGGCUGCAUAUAUCAGAUACAAGAUUUGUAAUGAGCCAGAGAACAUUCUCAAAGAUAAUGGAUGUACUCAAAUAGAACUUCAACUAAUUGCUGAAGCAUUUUGCAGUGCACUGGAAUCUCUCGCUGGCUCUUUGGAACAUGAUGGAGGUGAUAUUCUCACUGAUAUGAAGUAUGGACACUCUUGGUCCGUUCAGGCAAAUUGUCCCUCUGUUGACUGGCAAGAUUUGCUUUCAAGAUGUGGCUGUGGACUAUGCAAAAGCCAGGAAGAGCUUAGCUGGUCUUUCUUAAGGAGUCCUCACAAUUCUUUUAUGCCACAAACCUGCCUUCCACAGGAAGCUGUAAGCUCAGCCACCAACCUAACCUUGGACUGUUUUGCUGCUAAGAUUAGUGGCCUACAAGUGGCUGUGGAAACUGCCAACUUGAUUUUGGACCUUUCAUAUGUCAUUGAAGAUAAAAACUGAUGUAAGAGAACACUAUAUUCUAUUAUAAAGAAAGAAAAACUUAAAAACCACUCAGGUGUCAAGAGAAAUACUGAACAAAGUUGUUGUCUCCCAAAUGCCUGUUCUUUAUAUUUGGACAGGAGAUUCAUAAGAUUAUAGAUUCAUUUUCUUAUGGAAAAAAGGUAUGAUUCUUGAGUGAAAAUACUAGAGAAUAAUAAAAAUGUGAAACAUUG